CAGACCUGCGCCUUUCCAACCAGCCUCAGGCCUGGCAUCUGCUCACCUUCGCCGGUUCGCGGGUGUGCCUUCCGUCCCCGCGGACCCCAGACACGCCAAGCAACAACUAGUAAAAUGUUCAUCCUAUCAAAGUGACCUCGGCAUGAGGGUUUUCCAGGUCGGAGCUGGCUGAAACUCACCAUGUAUUCCAGGCUGGCCUCGAACUCACAGUGCUGGCAUUAAAGGCUCGUGCUGCCACGCCCAGUAAAUAUAUUUGUUAGCCUUUACGUUUACUUACUUGCUGGUUAUGUGGCAAGCACACAAGCGUAACCAGCGUACACUUGAAGGUCAGAGGACAGCUUGAGGAAGUUGGCUCUUUCCUUGCACCACGUGGGUCCUGGGGAGAUUGAGCUCAGUUUAUUCGGUUUGGCAGCAAGGGCCACUAUCUGCUGAGCCGUCCCACUGGCCUGAACUGAUAGGAUCAGUGAAGGAUAAGUACUCUGUCUACUUCCAUCCAAACCGGGAGCUGUUAGGAAGAGAUGGUGGAGAAAGAAGCCGAUUCAACAUAAGUGUCUUCAGCCUUUGUCAUUGGAGUUUCCCAGCGCUUUUUUAGAAAUACUAAAUGGUUUUGUCUCCAGGUUGAUUUCAUUGGCCUAGGAUGAGGCUUGGACUUGAUCAGUGUGUAAAACAUCUCACGGCCAAGUUUGAAAGCCACAACUGAAGAUAAGAAAAUAUGAAAUGAUUCCUGGGCUUCAAGAAAGAUGAUGGACUGGGUGUAGGACCGGGGCAGAAUCCCAUGCUAGACUUGGUGUUCACUGUAGAUGACCCUGUCGCCUGGCACACCAAGAACCUGAAGAAGAAUUGGAGCCACUACUCCUUCCUCAAACUCUUGGGACCCAGGAUCAUCUCUUCUGUCCAGAAUAACUAUGGUGCCGGCGUCUACUUCAACCCACUGAUCAUGUGUGACGGGAAGCUUAUCAAAUACGGGGUUAUUUCCACUGGCACCCUAAUCGAUGACCUCCUGAACUGGAAUAACCUGUAUAUCGCUGGGCGCCUCCAAAAGCCGGUGAAGAUUGUAUCGAUGAAUGAGAAUGCGGUUCUUAGAUCGGCCCUGGAUAAGAACCUGAAGAGCGCGGUGACCACUGCCUGCCUCAUGCUCCCGGAAAGCUUCUCCGAGCAAGACCUCUUCAUAGAGAUUGCUGGGCUCUCCUACUCAGGUGACUUUCGCAUGGUGAUUGGCGAAGAAAAAGCAAAAGUCUUGAACAUCGUGAAGCCCAACGUAGCCCAUUUCCGAGCGCUCUACGGGAACAUACUCCAGGAGGACCCCCAGGUGGUGUACAAAACACAGCAGGGCCGACUAGAGAUAGAUAAAAGCCCGGAAGGACAGUUCACCCAGCUAAUGACAUUGCCCAGAACCUUACAGCAGCACAUCAAUCACAUCAUGGACCCUCCUGGGAGAAACAGGGACGUGGAGGAGACCUUACUGCAAGUGGCUCAAGACCCCGACUGUGCCGAUGUGGUGCGGCUAGGGGUCUCAUCAAUCGUCAGACCUUCAAGCAUCAGGCAGAGCACCAAAGGCCUCUUUACUGCUGGUGUGAAGAAGUCAGUGAUUUACAGUUCACGGAAACUCAACAAAAUGUGGAGAGGCUGGUUGAGAAAAACACCCUGACUUGCUGCUUAUGUGUGUUGUGUAGAUUAUGAAUAAAUGGCUCCGUGCUUUUUGAUGGAGCUUUGUUUAUCACUCUGACUAGCUGCUUGAAAUUGAGGAGACCAAGGUUUGCAUCAUACUUGGUAGGGUUUGGCUUUGUUUUGUAUUUUUACUUUUAGACAGUGUCUCACUUUGUAGUCCUGGCUGGCCUCAAACUCGCCAAGAUCCACCUGGCUUUCCAGGCUGCAAGUUUGGGUGCCUCCUGAGUGCCAGGAUUAAAGGCAUGCACCACCAUGCCUGGUUCACAUGUCAGACACUAACUCAGGUGCAACCCAAGCAUGUGAAAGGACUUUGCAUCCCAAGAAAAUUCUUCUAUGUACAGAACUGAAAAGGUGUUUUGUGAUCAGGUUGGGGAAGGGGUUCUGACUUUGAGGACACAGAGUCGAAGUCAUGAAAAGUGCUACUGUGCUUUUGAACUUGAAGCCUGUAAAGACUAUAAACCGCAUAAGCUGGCCUCUCUUCCUAUUGC